ACGGCUUGUGGCAGCCUCCCUCCCUAAGAGGAUUGCUAAACUAUUGAUUUCUGUCUCGUUUGCUGUCGCCUUGUCGGUGUAGUGUCCCAGCUGAACAGCCCAGCAGUUUCCUUCCACUGUAACCAGAAACUCGGACAGGAGAGGGGGCAGAAAGAGCUGAAAGAUGAGCACGGGCGCGGGCAUCGACUACAGCGUCUGGGAUCACAUCUACGUGUCAGACGAUGAGGAUGUGACCAGCCCGUACGUCGACACCUCCAGCUUGUUCAGAAUGAGACAUCGGGUCAGCAGUGAAACUUGUAGUAGCUGUGGAGUUUGGAGUGCUAUACCUGGCCCGGCUGGAGAGAAUGGCUGAGUUUCAGCACAGUGGGGAAGACUUGGAGAAUAACUUUGCAGAAUGCAAGAGGCUAUUAGAGAAAGCACAGGGGCGACUUAAAGAGCUAGAAGAAGAAGGAAGGAAUGAGGAAGAGGAGGCUGAGCUGAAGAAAGUCCAGGCUGAGGUAAGAAAACUUAAGAAGGAUGAAAAGUUGUUUGGGAAAAUGAUCGAGGAACACCGGCGAGAAGAAAAGAAGCUGCCGUGGAAUGUUGACACUAUCAGCAAAGAAGGUUUCAGCAAGAGUGUACUCAACAUCAAGGCUGUAACAAAAGAGAAGGAAAAGAUUGAGAAGCAUAAGACCUUUGUGGAGACGUAUGGGAAGGAAAUCAAACACUUUGGUUUGUUGCGGCGUUGGGAUGAUAGUCAGAAGUAUCUGUCGGACAACCCACAUCUGGUGUGCGAUGAGACGGCCAAUUGCCUUGUUGCCGUCUGUAUUGACUUUGAGAUAGACGAGAAACAUGCACUAAUGGAGCAGGUGGCCCACCAGGCCAUCGUCAUGCAGUUCAUCUUGGAUUUGGCACGGACGCUUAAGGUCGACCCAAGAGGCUGCUUCAGACAAUUCUUUUCAAAGAUCAAGAUUGCAGACAAGACUUACCAAGACGCGUUCGACCGUGAGCUGGAGUUGCUGAAGGGGCGGGUCCGCAGCUGUGCUCAGAUUCGUAUGGACAGCGCCAUGAAAGAGCUAGAGGAAGAAGAGAGGCAGAAGAGACUGGGCCCAGGUGGUUUAGACCCUGUAGAGGUCUAUGAGUCACUGCCAAAGAGAAGUCAAUACAGAGUUCAGCAGAAUGGACUCCACCAGUCAGUCAGCAGCUCUCUAUGCAAGGAAAUACAGAAGAGCUUUGAUGAGAAGAACAUUCAAAUGUUGCAAAUAGCUAUCAACAAACUGGACCCGGAGGAAGGAAAAUACCACCUGAGGAGGUGUAUUGACUCUGGACUGUGGGUCCCUGACUCAGGAGAGGGUGAUGAUGAUGAUAAAGAAGAGGACGAGGAAGAGGAAGAAGAUUAAAAAGAAAAGGACUUUAAGUUAACAUUCCUUGUUAAUGAGUCCAACACUGUGCAAGUAAUGCUCCAUACAUGCAACAUAAUGACGUACAUAUUUAAUAACCAUAUGGACCAUACCAUCAUAUGAUUUACUGGAUUAGCAUACAAAAACUCCUUUACAGCCUCUCUAAAUUUUAAGCUACUUUGUGCAACCAAGUAUAGUCAAAAAUGUAAAACUACAGAGUAAGGUUUCUUCUAGGCAUGCCUCAGUUUUUAUAUUGCAGACACUUCGCCACGAAUUGAUGUGGAAUCAGCUGAUUUUCUAUGAAUCACCAGUUUACUCAUGUGUAUUAAUCAUCCUAAAAGAAUGCUCUCACAUAAGAGACCUUGCAAAAGACACCACACCCUCUGAUGUCACCCUCCAUGUUAUUUUUGAUGACGGCAUCUUUACUCCUACAUAAUAAUACUCAUUUAGGUUUAAAUUUCAGUUACUCACUGCAUAUUUAAAUUCCAUCACAGCUGGCCUCUGUGUCCUUACAUUUGAAAUCGUUCACACACCGUUUAAAAGUACCAAACAACAUCACAGGUGUCACGUACAUUACCAGUGAUGAUGGUUUCAUGAGAGUAACACAGCUACUGACUGGAUGAGGAACAGUUGCCAAGAUCUGGUUCUGAGACAUUGGCUUACACUUCUGACAUAUAAAAAUCAUUAACAUUUUGUAUUUGAAGUUUAGUGUCUCAUCACAGGCAUCUACUAGUUACAUAUCAAACAAUCUGCCUGCUUGACUGUAUUUGUUACUGUGGUAAACAGCGCCACCUCAAGUCUGUUUAGGGACACAGCCCGUCAGAAGCCUCUAAAGUGAGGUAAGGACAUAGAUUGGUAAACACAGAUCCAUCUAUUUACCUCUCUUAUCAUUAGUGAAUUUUAUAUAUUUUAUCAGCUUAUAUCAGUUAGCCUCAUAUUGAGUGGAGCAUUCCCAAGCAAAGUGUGCUCAACAUUCAAAGUGUUAAGACUGUCAUUUGUGUCCAGUGCAGUCUUUUGCUAAGACUGCCAAAGGUGUUGACUCAACUAUAAAGUGAAAUAUUUUCUAUUGUUGUUUUGAGGACGUAUCCUCGGCAUGGUACAAACUACUGCUGGUACUUACUUAUUGCAGAUAUGAACAAUCAGUGUGUAUGUUAUCUCAGUUUUAUCUCCUCCAGUACUGGAGGAGCUAUAGUAGGAACCCACCACAUCUCAGAGUAAACAUGUCAAGAUUCUGUUAAGUUGGAUUAAAUUGUAAUUACAAAGCCCAAGCUAGCUUUGCAAAUAUGGGUAUUUAUUGAUUAAGGUUGCAAGUAAUGAUUAUUUCCAUCACUGAUUAAUCCGUGAAUUAUUCUCUUUAUUAAUCAGUUAAACGUUAAAGGUCUGUUUGCAGUGUUAUAAAACAUUUUUGAGAAGCUAGAAGAAUGAUCGACAUUUCUGCAUGAAAACCAAAAUAACUAAUUGAAAACCUUAAUAGUUGCUGAUUCAUCUUCUGCAGAUUGACAAUCAAUUAGGUGAGCAGUUGUUUCCAAAGUCAAUUUAAAGAUGAUGUAAAGAGUGUGUCCAAGUUCUGCUCUGUAAUGUAGGAGUUGUCACAGUACUUGUCUAGGGGUUUUACAAGCAAUAUGUGUUUUAUUUUGUAUUUACCUUUGAAGUUGUGAGACUGUUUGUUUUUACGUUGUGUUGUGGAACUUACAAUAAAUCAGGCUUAAUUUG